AUGUACCCUCAACCUCAACCUCACCCUCAUAUGCUUCCAACACCUCCACCUUCACCCCCUCUCUCCCGCUUCUAUGCCCCGGAAGACCGUCUUGGAUUGCUCCUAGCCAACCGGCUGGAGCUCACCAGCAUCCUCGGAGUGGGCGCCUAUGGUGUUGUUUACACAGCCGUGGACAUCCACACCGACGUGCUCUACGCAGUCAAGGCUCUCAACAAAACUGGGCUGGAUCCCCGCCAGCUCAAGUUCCAGCAGCGUGAAAUCAAGCUCCACCAUAUGGCCAGCCAGCAUCCCAAUGUGGUCUCCCUCGUUCGCAUCAUGGAUUCGGACGACUGCACCUACGUCGUUAUAGAAUUCUGCCCCGAAGGGGAUUUGUUUUCUAGCAUCACCGACAAGAGCCACUUUGUCGGGAAUGAUCCCCUGGUGAAGCGUGUCUUUCUUCAGAUCCUGGAUGCCGUCCAUUACUGCCACUCGCUGGGAAUCUACCACAGGGAUCUCAAGCCGGAGAACAUUCUGGUCACCGACCAGGGAAUGACCGUCAAACUGGCCGACUUCGGCCUUGCCACGACCGACAUGUUCACCUCGGACUUUGGCUGCGGAUCGACAUUCUACAUGUCGCCAGAGUGCCAGCAACCGAACCCUCGCCCGAUGUCGUACUACCAGUCAGCGCCGAACGACGUCUGGAGCUUGGGUGUCAUCCUCGUCAACCUCACUUGCGGCCGAAACCCGUGGAAGCGUGCCUCGAUCGAGGACUCCACCUUCCGCGCCUACCUGAAGGAUCCAUUCUUCCUCAAGUCUAUUCUUCCAUUGUCGGAUGAGAUGGUUUGUAUCCUCAGCCGCAUCUUCGAGCCCAACCCCUCAAAGAGGAUUACCAUCCCGGAGCUGCGCCAAAUCAUUCUGGACUGCCCUCGGUUCACGCUCAACCCCAUGACUCCUUGGGGUUCAACCACUGGACCUCUCGUCAGCUACAUCCACCCCCCACAGGUCGCGCCAAUUGAUAACCUGAACACGCAACCCUCGGCCUGCUCUUCCGAUUCGUCGCAAUACUCUGACGCCUUCUCGGCAGUCUCGGACGCCUCAUCCUACACCGAAGGCUAUUCAGACAUGGACAGCAUGUCCUCGGUACGGCUGGACGACUACAAGGACGACUUCCCAACCGACGCUCUGGCAUGCGGUGAAAUGCCGGAGCCGCUUACAUCACCGGUACCGGUGCCUGUGGCGGGACCUCUCGUGGUCUGUCAGCAACCCUUCGCCUACCCUAUUGCCGUCUGUUAA